AUGACACUUUCAAAUGGUGAAUCAAUCACACUUAAUAAUGGACAAUCAAUGACUGUACAACAAUUAUACUUGAAAUCAAUAGAAUUAGAUCCAACCAAUUUCAAUUCAUAUUAUAACCUUGCAAUGACACUUUCAAGAGGUGAAUCAAUCACACUUAAUAAUGGACGAUCAAUGACACAACAACAACUAAUCUUGAAAUUAAUUGAAUGGGAUCCGACCAAUUUUGAACUAUAUUAG